UUAUUUGUUAGUGAUAUCGGGAGGAGGAGAUAAGCCGCUGUGUCCGACACUUGAAGGGCAUUGGAAAAGAAAAAUGAGAGCCACACUUCCGAAACCCCAUCUCCAGUUCUUCCCUUCUCCUCUGCCACUUUCUUUCAACAAACCUUCAUUAGCUUUCCCGGAAACCAGAAGGAAAUCACCGAGCACCACCUUUACCCCGAAGGGCACGUCAUCGCCUUCAUUCGGUCGUGUUCCACUACGGGUCAGUGCGAGUUCUCAAGCCGCUUCUGCAACUGAAACAGCCAAAUCGACGGCGGUGCCCAGCGAAAUGAAGGCUUGGAUAUAUGGGGAAUACGGUGGUGUCGAUGUUUUGAAGUUUGAUGAGAAAGUGGCCGUUCCAGAAGUGAAGGAAGAUCAGGUGCUGAUAAAAGUGGUCGCUGCUGCUCUUAACCCUGUUGAUGCAAAGCGGAGGCAGGGCAAGUUUAAGGCUACCGAUUCUCCUCUUCCGACUGUUCCAGGCUAUGAUGUUGCUGGUGUGGUGGUAAAGGUUGGGAGUCAAGUGAAGGAGCUGAAGGAAGGAGAUGAAGUGUACGGAAACAUAAAUGAGAAAGCAUUAGAAGGUCCUAAGCAGUUUGGUUCCCUUGCUGAGUACACUGCAGUUGAAGAGAAGCUGCUGGCAUUAAAGCCCAAAAAUCUCGAUUUCUCCCAAGCUGCUGGCCUUCCUCUUGCCAUUGAAACGGCCUACGAGGCUCUCGAGAGGACCGGCUUUUCUGCCGGUAAAUCAAUUCUUGUUCUGAAUGGUGCUGGUGGUGUUGGAAGCUUAGUGAUUCAGUUAGCAAAACAAGUAUUCGGUGCUUCGAAAGUUGCAGCUACUUCGAGUACCGGAAAACUGGAAUUGCUGAAGAGCUUAGGUGCCGACUUGGCUAUCGAUUACACAAAGGAGAACUUCGAAGAUUUCCCAGAAAAAUUCGAUGUAGUCAUUGAUGCCGUUGGACAAUGUGAUAAGGCAGUAAAGGCAGUAAAAGAAGGCGGUAGCGUCGCGGCCCUGACCGGCGCUGUUACACCACCUGGUUUCAGAUUUGUUGUUACUUCUAAUGGGGAGGUUCUCAAGAAACUAAAUCCGUAUUUAGAGAGCGGGAAAGUGAAGCCAGUUGUUGACCCCAAGGGGCCAUUCCCAUUCGCUCAAGUCGCCGAGGCUUUCGCAUACAUUGAAACAAAUCGAGCGACCGGAAAGGUAGUUAUACACCCAAUUCCAUAAACAAAACAGAGAAAGGGAAACAGCCAUUUUCUAUUGCCUGCUGCAAUUCCUGUCAAUAGUUAGAACCAAAUGCCAUCGUACGUAUGAAUUAUACGAAUUUGUAAUGAGAUUUUGCGUGCUACAUUUCGUAUGUUUCCGUUGUUGUUCGGUAGCUAUCAUUAACGUAUAUCGGUUUCAUGGUGAA